AUGACUUUAAGCCUGGACAUGAAUGGAUACUCAGAUGUUAUUCGCAAAUUGCGCGGUAACAGUAAUGAAGUCAUGUCUGGCUUAGAAAUCCUAUCAAAUUUAUUGAUUUUUGGUGGCGGAAGUGAUUUAGGUAAGUACAACGUUCAAGAGCUUUGUGCUCUUCUUGUUAACGUUAUUAGAUCUAACUACACUCUAAAACACAAAGAAUUAUCCGGAUUAUGCAUUCAUAACUUGAUCGAAACUCUUCCUCUAAGUUCAAAGUUCUUUAUUAUAUCCAAUGUUAUCACUGUUGUCAACAAAUGCAUUCUUGACCGCGAAUCAAACGAUCUUGUCGAUACAUGUAUUCAAAUUUUGAACUCAUUAUCCAAAAUUUCACCAGGUACAAUUGGCGAGAAGAUUGGAAUUGAGUGUUUUGUCUCGUGUUUCGAUAUACUAUGUCCUGCGACACAGCGAGUUUCUCUACAAACUUUGAUUAACGUUGCAAACGAACUUUUAGUUCCUUCUUAUUCAGAUUUUAUUGUUAACAUUUCACACAUCAUGUCAACAUGCGACGACAAAACACUUCCACUCGCUACACAAUCGUUUAUUUUGGUUUUACGAACUACAAAACCAACUUUUGUUCCACGUGAAGUUGCUCAUGACCUUAUUAUUUCACUUCCUAAAGUCACAGAUGACAACAACACUGUUUUUUUACUUAAAGCUCUUCAAGUUAUUUUAAACACGACAAAUUCAUAUGAUUUAUUCCUCGAAAACAUCGAUUUCUUCAACAACAUUUGUUACAAUCCAAACACAAUCCAAAAACGAACCGAAAUUGUUGGAAUCGUUUUAGACUUCAUUUUAUCUAUAGUUCCACCUCCAAAUCCACCACUUCCUAAGUUCCUCUGGCCAUACGAUAAGAAAACUGUAACUAAUACAAACGAAUUUACUAAAAAAAUUCAGCCAUUAAUAAUAAAUUUGAUAAAAGAUAGAUUGGGAUCAGAAGAUAAGGCUAUUUCUGCAUUAACAGCUACUCUAUGUAUGAACCAACCACCUUUUGACCAAGAAUUUGUUACUAUUAUCCUUGGAAUUUCACAAAAUCAGAGUUUGAUACCGAAUGUAUUAGGAAUGUUAUUGUAUCUUAAAGAUUUGGCUCCUUUCGCAGCUAAUGGCUUCUUAAACACUGUAGAUCCAAAGAAUCAACUACCAAAUCAAAGAAAUUGGGUCAAUAAAACGCUAAACAAGCUUAGAAAGCGCGUAGGAAUCAAAGCAGAGACAAUUUCACUAGAUAUAAACAUCAAAACAAUGGAUGACGUCAUUAAUUUGGCUUCACAAAACCUUCCUCCAUUUGAACUCAUUUCUAACGGUGUGGCCACGAAGCUCACAAAAUUUUUGACUACUUCUUUCCUUCCGAGGACACUUCCGGAGCCAUUUCUCCAAGCUUUGCAGAUUAUUGCUGACCAGAUGAAAAUUUCAUUGACAUUCUAUCAGCUGCCCGAAGAAGUAGAUCCUAUAGGUGAAGAUUUCGAUACUUUCUCCGAUUUUGGAUAUCCAAUUGAUAUAAUUUUUGAAGAUCAUACAUUUAAAGACAUUUCUGUUGACUUAACAACCGAUUUAGUCGCUAUAGAAGCAUGGGUGAACCAGCAAAUCAAUCCAUCAAUGGUCAAUGAAAAAAAUUUGAAAAGAGCAAUGAAUCGAAGCGACAUGUCAGGUAUUAUAUACUUCCAAGAGCAAAAGGUAAGAUCCUGUUCGACAUUCGGAUACCUUGCAAGGUCAUUUGGCCUCAAAGGAUACAAAGAAUUCACAUUUUCUUUGGAUGGCAAAGUUUAUCCGGCCUUGGAGCCAUUUUGGCAUGUUCUGACCACAGCAUACGAUAAUAUCGACUCAUUACUUGAUAAUCAUCCAACUUUUGUGCUAAAAGUUGGAGAUUGCCAAAGACCAAGCAGAAAAUUCAGAGAUAUACUUCCACAAAACUAUGGAAUACCAUUAGCAUUACUUUCUGCUAUCAAAAACAUCGCUCCGACCGUUGAUUGUUGCUCAAAUCAAAUUUCCAAUUUAAUGUUGCAGCAUUUGUCUUGUCCGUCCAUGUCUAGCUCGCUCUAUAACGAGGCUGUUAAUUUGUUUUAUUCCCAUCCAUUUUUGUUCAAUUUUGAGUCAAGAUUUAUUGCAUUUUUAAUUUCGUCGUUGGAUAUGCCAACUGUGCUACAUACUGUUGAGACACAGCUCACCAAAGUAUCAGACGACAGGCAGAAAGCGAAAAUCUUCAAAAUGAAAGUACAUGCGAACAGAAAUAAAAUUGUCGAAGACGGAAAGAAGAUUUUGCAGAAUUUGCCAGCGACAUUGAGAAUAGACGUUGAUUUCGUAGGGGAAAUGGGUUUCGGAAUUGGUCCAACUCAAGAAUUUUACACAUUAUUAAGUAGAGAAUUUUGCCGACCAAUUAGAGGAUUAUGGCGAAAUAGUGAUCCAGAAAGUGAGUUUGUUUAUAGCCCAAUGGGUUUGUUCCCUUCUCCUGUUGCAAAUCCGAAAGAAAUGAGAUUAUUUGGAAUUUUGUGCGCAAGAGCCAUCGCAGCCAAUUGUCUGAUAGAUGUUCCACUUAGCGAGUCAUUCUUCAAAUAUAUAACUUACAAUCUCAAGAAGAAACAGUCUGCAAAUCAAGUUACAAUAGAUGACAUUGAUCCGACCUUUGCAAGCUCUUUGAAUGACAAAGAAGGAUUGAUUGGACUCGAUUUCACUUAUCCUGGCCUUCCAAAUUUGGAAUUAAAGAAAGGAGGAAAAGAUAUCGAAGUUACCGCUGAAAAUGUUGAUGAAUACGUAUCAUUAGUCAAGGAAUUCACAAUAAGUGGCAAGAUUAAGGAUGUUAUGCGUGCUUUUAAGGAUGGUUUCUCUCAAAUUAUUCCUUAUGAUUCAUUAAGUUUGUUCUCGCCGAAGGAAAUCAUUAUCUUGCUUUGCGGAUCAACGGAGAAGUGGACUAAGGAGUAUUUGGCCGCAAAUGUCAAAAUUGAGCACGGAUAUAAUUCAAAUUCAGCCGAAAUCAACAACUUGUUCGAAAUUCUAUCGGAAAUGAAUGAUGAUGAGAGGAUGAACUUCGUGAAUUUCGUAACAGGAAGCUCGAAAUUGCCAAUUGGCGGAUUGGCCAAUUUAAGACCGAAAUUAACCAUCGCAAGGAAAGAUGAUGGUGAUAAUCAUCUUCCUAGCGUAAUGACAUGCACAAAUUACUUCAAGAUGCCGGCUUAUUCGUCAAAAGAAGUAAUGCGCGAAAAGAUUCUGUUUGCUAUAUCAAAUGGAAGAGGAGUUUUCUCAUUCUCAUAA